UGACAUUGGACGAAAUGUCUGUUACGCUAUAAAGUCCGUGGUGUUUCGUUUUUGAAGUGUUCAUCUUGAAGCGCAACGUUAAAGACAACAACGGAAAGAAAACAUUGCUCGAUAGGCUGUGCUUCAAGCGUAGGGCAGCGCCCAAGUGUAGAAGAUGACGGGUCUCCCUCCGUUCCUGCCCCCUUUGGGCGCACCGGACCCAUUCGUCAUGGCGAUAGCAAUGCAAGCCCAGGCCGCGCAGGCGAACCAGGCACAGCAGCAUCACCUAGCCGCGCAAAUCGCUCAACAACAGCAGACGGGUGGCGGUCCCCCUGGAGUAUCUCCAACCGCUGCGGGUCACAUCCCACCACCCCCAGGUGCCACACAUAUGCCUCCACCACCACCUCAUGGCCAUAUGCCCCCGCCACCAGGACACAUCAUACCGCCGCCACCUCCAGGCCCUAUGGCACCUCCUCCUCCUCCCGGGCAUAUGGCACCACCACCGCCGCCCCCAGGAGGUAAUCACAUGCCACCCCUACCGAGCGGACCACCUGGUGGACCUUCGCUGCUCUCGUCUCAGCAGUUUGUUCCACCGCAGCACCAGCAGCUUAGUGAUGCAAAACUACAGGAAAAAGCCCGCAAAUGGCAACAGCUGCAGUCGAAACGAUACUCAGAAAAGAGAAAAUUCGGUUUUGUCGACGCGCAGAAAGAAGAUAUGCCGCCCGAGCAUUUGAGAAAGAUUAUGCGUGAUCACGGAGAUAUGACUUCAAGGAAAUUUCGUCACGACAAACGAGUCUACCUCGGCGCUCUCAAAUAUAUGCCUCAUGCGGUGCUGAAGCUGCUUGAGAAUAUGCCAAUGCCUUGGGAACAGAUUCGGGAUGUUAAUGUUCUGUAUCAUAUUACGGGUGCCAUUACAUUCGUGAACGAGAUUCCGUGGGUUAUUGAGCCAGCUUACAUCGCUCAAUGGGGCACCAUGUGGUUGAUGAUGCGUCGUGAAAAACGAGAUCGGCGACACUUUAAGCGAAUGCGUUUUCCACCGUUUGACGAUGAAGAACCACCUUUAGAUUAUGCCGACAAUGUACUUGAUGUUGAGCCUCUAGAAGCCGUACAAAUGGAUCUGGGGACCGAAGAGGAUGCUCCAGUAGCAUCCUGGUUCUACGAGCAUCGACCGCUUGUCGACGAAGCUGCACACGUGAAUGGGUCUACAUAUCGUAGGUGGACGCUGUCACUACCUCAAAUGGCGGCGUUGUACCGACUUGCUAAUCCAUUGUUGACAGAUCUUGUCGACGAUAAUUACUUUUAUCUGUUCGACCUUCGAAGCUUCUUCACAGCGAAGGCCUUGAAUAUGGCAAUUCCUGGAGGACCUAAAUUUGAGCCGCUUGUCAAAGACAUCAAUCCCGCUGAUGAGGAUUGGAACGAGUUUAACGAUAUAAACAAGAUUAUUAUUCGACAACCUAUCCGAACAGAAUAUCGAAUUGCGUUUCCAUUUCUAUACAAUAACGUGCCCAAUUCGCACGUUCAUCUGUCGUGGUAUCAUACGCCAAGUGUGGUGUUCAUCAAAACCGAAGAUCCUGAUCUUCCAGCCUUUUAUUACGAUCCUCUGAUUAAUCCAAUUGCGCACCGACAUAACGCAACUGCGAAGAUUCCUGCAAUGGACGAGCUGCUGCCAGAAGACGACGAUGAGUUCGAACUACCGCAAGGAGUUCAACCGUUUCUGCAGGAUUGCCCGCUCUAUACGGACAACACUGCUAAUGGCAUCGCUCUUCUAUGGGCACCGAGGCCGUUUAAUUUGCGGUCAGAUCGUACAAAGCGUGCAUUGGAUGUACCCCUUGUUAAGAGUUGGUACAGAGAGCAUUGUCCACCUAAUAUGCCGGUCAAAGUGCGUGUCUCGUAUCAGAAGUUGCUGAAGUAUUAUGUACUUAAUGCAUUGCACCAGCGACCACCAAAGCCACAGAAAAAACGCUACUUAUUCCGCUCAUUUAAAGCUACAAAAUUUUUCCAGUCAACGACCAUCGACUGGGUCGAGGCAGGAUUGCAAGUAUGUCGGCAGGGCUACAAUAUGCUGAAUCUUCUCAUUCACCGAAAGAACCUGAAUUAUCUUCACCUUGACUAUAAUUUUAACCUGAAGCCAGUGAAGACUCUAACGACAAAGGAGCGUAAGAAGUCCCGAUUCGGUAAUGCAUUCCAUCUUUGCCGUGAGAUCCUGCGGCUGACAAAGCUAAUUGUUGAUUCGCACGUCCAAUAUCGUCUGAACAACGUCGAUGCGUUCCAGCUUGCCGACGGCCUUCAGUAUAUUUUCGCUCACGUGGGGCAACUCACCGGUAUGUACCGGUACAAGUACAAGCUGAUGCGACAAAUUCGCAUGUGCAAGGAUUUAAAGCAUCUGAUUUAUUACCGUUUCAACACUGGAACCGUGGCCAAAGGUCCGGGUUGCGGUUUCUGGGCACCAGGAUGGCGUGUCUGGUUGUUUUUCCUGCGAGGAAUCACUCCGUUACUCGAACGCUGGCUUGGCAAUCUUCUAUCAAGGCAAUUUGAAGGACGUCAUUCAAAAGGCGUAGCCAAAACCGUUACCAAGCAACGUGUGGAGUCGCACUUCGAUCUCGAGCUACGCGCCUCCGUCAUGCAUGACAUCAUCGACAUGAUGCCAGAAGGCAUUAAGCAAAACAAAGCCCGUACGAUCCUGCAACAUCUAAGCGAGGCGUGGCGCUGUUGGAAGGCCAAUAUUCCAUGGAAGGUUCCCGGCUUGCCUAUCCCGAUCGAGAACAUGAUUUUGCGGUAUGUGAAGAUGAAGGCUGAUUGGUGGACGAACACUGCUCAUUACAAUCGCGAGCGUAUCCGACGCGGCGCGACCGUCGACAAGACCGUCUGUAAAAAAAAUCUGGGUCGACUGACGCGUUUAUACUUAAAAGCGGAACAGGAACGCCAACAUAAUUACCUUAAGGACGGUCCAUACAUCUCGGACGAGGAGGCCGUUGCUAUCUAUACGACGACUGUGCAUUGGCUUGAAAGUCGUCGAUUUUCGCCUGUACCCUUUCCUCCGCUAUCGUAUAAGCAUGACACGAAGUUGCUGAUUUUGGCUCUCGAACGACUCAAGGAAGUGUAUUCGGUUAAAAGUCGCCUCAAUCAAAGCCAGAGAGAGGAGCUUGGCCUCAUUGAGCAGGCCUACGACAAUCCCCACGAAGCGCUAUCACGCAUCAAGCGUCACCUACUCACCCAGAGAGCGUUUAAGGAGGUUGGCAUCGAAUUCAUGGACCUUUAUAGCCAUCUCAUUCCAGUCCAUGAGGUCGAGCCGCUUGAAAAGAUUACGGAUGCAUAUCUAGAUCAAUAUAUGUGGUACGAGGCUGACAAGCGACGGUUGUUUCCACCAUGGAUCAAACCGGCCGACUCGGAGCCACCACCUCUGCUUGUGUACAAGUGGUGCCAGGGGAUCAACAACCUACAGGACGUAUGGGAAACGGGUGAAGGCGAAUGUGCGGUAAUGAUGGAAUCCCGCUUUGAGAAACUUUACGAAAAGAUGGAUCUAACAUUGCUCAAUCGACUGCUGCGUCUUAUUGUUGAUCAUAACAUCGCCGACUAUAUGACAGCCAAAAACAACGUGGUUAUAAACUACAAGGAUAUGAAUCAUACGAAUUCAUAUGGUAUCCUUCGUGGUCUUCAGUUCUCGUCAUUUAUUGUACAGUACUAUGGCUUAGUGCUCGAUCUAUUGUUGCUGGGCUUGCAGCGUGCCUCGGAAAUGGCAGGACCCCCACAGAUGCCGAACGAUUUUCUGUCGUUCCAAGAUGUACCGACAGAAACCGGGCAUCCGAUUCGCCUCUAUUCACGUUAUAUCGAUCGAGUGCACGUUUUCUUUAGAUUCACCGCCGAUGAGGCGCGCGAUUUAAUCCAAAGAUAUCUUACAGAGCAUCCUGACCCGAAUAAUGAAAACAUAGUUGGGUAUAACAAUAAGAAAUGUUGGCCCCGCGACUCUCGUAUGCGUCUUAUGAAGCAUGACGUGAAUCUUGGCAGAGCCGUAUUUUGGGAUAUCAAGAAUCGUUUGCCACGCUCAGUAACAACAGUCCAGUGGGAUGCAAGCUUCGUUUCUGUGUAUUCAAAGGAUAAUCCUAACCUCUUGUUCAAUAUGUGUGGGUUUGAAUGCCGAAUCCUGCCGAAAUGUCGGAUGUCGCAUGACGAGUUAACUCACAAGGACGGGGUGUGGAAUUUACAAAAUGAGGUAACAAAAGAGCGUACAGCCCAGUGUUUUCUACGUGUGGAUGACGAAUCGCUGGCAAAGUUCCACAACCGUGUGCGACAAAUUCUGAUGGCGUCAGGUUCAACAACGUUUACGAAAAUAGUCAAUAAAUGGAAUACUGCCCUCAUUGGCCUGAUGACCUAUUACCGCGAAGCCGUGGUGAAUACCCAAGAGCUUCUAGAUCUCUUGGUAAAGUGCGAGAACAAAAUUCAGACUCGAAUCAAAAUUGGCCUGAACUCAAAGAUGCCAUCGCGUUUUCCACCGGUGGUAUUCUAUACUCCAAAAGAGCUCGGUGGUUUAGGCAUGCUGUCAAUGGGUCAUGUACUCAUCCCACAGAGCGAUCUGAGGUGGAGCAAGCAGACUGACCUCGGAAUUACGCAUUUCAGGUCAGGUAUGUCACAUGACGAGGAUCAAGUUAUUCCUAACUUAUAUCGUUACAUUCAGCCGUGGGAAAGCGAGUUCGUAGACUCGCAACGUGUGUGGGCAGAGUACGCUCUCAAGCGACAGGAAGCAUUAGCACAGAACCGUCGGUUAACUCUCGAAGAUCUCGAGGACUCAUGGGAUCGCGGCAUCCCGCGUAUUAAUACGUUGUUCCAAAAAGACCGUCACACCCUCGCUUAUGAUAAGGGCUGGCGUGUACGAACGGACUUUAAACAGUAUCAAGUCCUGAAGCAGAAUCCGUUCUGGUGGACGCAUCAACGCCACGACGGCAAACUGUGGAACCUUAACAACUACCGGACGGAUAUGAUUCAGGCGCUCGGAGGCGUGGAGGGAAUCCUCGAGCACACUUUGUUUAAGGGCACCUAUUUCCCAACUUGGGAGGGUCUAUUCUGGGAGAAAGCGUCAGGUUUCGAAGAAAGUAUGAAGUACAAGAAACUCACAAAUGCUCAGCGAUCUGGUCUCAACCAGAUUCCUAAUCGACGUUUUACACUGUGGUGGUCACCGACUAUCAACCGCGCUAAUGUUUACGUCGGUUUCCAAGUGCAGCUUGACUUGACAGGCAUAUUCAUGCACGGAAAAAUUCCAACGCUUAAAAUAUCAUUAAUUCAAAUCUUCCGUGCCCAUCUGUGGCAGAAAAUUCAUGAGUCGAUUGUCAUGGAUUUAUGUCAAGUGUUCGACCAAGAGUUGGACGCUCUUGAAAUCGAGACUGUUCAGAAGGAGACGAUUCAUCCUCGAAAAAGCUACAAAAUGAACUCGUCGUGUGCGGACAUUCUCCUAUUCGCCACCUACAAGUGGAAUGUCUCUCGACCAAGUCUGCUAGCAGACAGCAAAGACACGAUGGAUGGCACUACCACGCAAAAGUUCUGGAUCGAUAUUCAGCUUCGAUGGGGCGACUAUGACUCGCACGACAUCGAGCGUUACGCCCGUGCAAAAUUCCUGGAUUAUACUACGGAUAACAUGUCUAUCUACCCGUCUCCCACCGGUGUGCUUGUCGCUGUCGAUUUAGCCUACAAUCUGCACUCGGCUUUUGGCAACUGGUUCCCAGGGUCGAAGCCAUUGAUUCAGCAGGCACUAGCGAAGAUCAUGAAGGCAAAUCCCGCGCUGUAUGUCCUUCGUGAACGGAUCCGCAAGGGCCUUCAGCUCUAUUCCUCGGAGCCUACCGAGCCGUACCUUAGCUCGCAAAACUACGGCGAACUCUUCAGCAACCAGAUAAUUUGGUUCGUCGAUGAUACGAACGUGUAUCGUGUCACAAUCCACAAAACGUUUGAAGGUAACCUGACGACGAAGCCCAUUAAUGGUGCGAUUUUCAUCUUCAACCCACGUACGGGCCAGCUUUUCCUAAAGGUUAUCCACACGUCAGUGUGGGCCGGACAAAAGCGUCUUGGUCAGCUGGCUAAAUGGAAGACGGCCGAAGAGGUAGCCGCAUUGAUUCGUUCGCUGCCUGUAGAAGAACAGCCUAAACAAAUUAUCGUCACAAGAAAGGGUAUGCUUGACCCUCUUGAGGUCCACUUGCUUGACUUCCCUAACAUAGUGAUCAAGGGUUCAGAGCUACAAUUGCCAUUCCAGGCAUGCCUCAAAGUCGAGAAAUUCGGCGAUCUUAUUCUCAAGGCGCAGGAGCCGCAAAUGGUAUUAUUCAAUUUGUAUGAUGACUGGCUUAAAUCUAUCUCGUCGUAUACGGCCUUUUCACGACUCAUUCUCAUCUUGCGUGCUUUGCACGUCAACAAUGAGCGGACAAAGGUCGUGCUGAAGCCAGACAAAACGACGAUCACGGAGCCCCAUCACAUCUGGCCCACAUUAACGGACGAGGAAUGGAUCAACGUGGAACUCAAACUGAAAGAACUCAUCUUGGCUGACUACGGCAAGAAGAACAAUGUAAACGUUGCUUCACUAACCCAGUCCGAGGUCCGAGACAUUAUUCUCGGUAUGGAAAUCUCUGCACCGUCAGCCCAGAGACAACAAAUCGCCGAAAUUGAAAAGCAGACCAAAGAGCAGUCGCAGCUUACGGCCACGACUACCAAGACAGUCAAUAAGCAUGGAGAUGAGAUUAUUACAUCAACGACUAGCAACUACGAGACAAUGACAUUCGCCUCACGCACUGAAUGGCGGGUACGUGCGAUAUCCGCCACGAAUUUGCAUCUUCGAACUAAUCACAUAUAUGUUUCGUCCGAUGACAUCAAGGAGGCGGGCUACACCUAUAUUCUGCCGAAAAACGUACUCAAAAAGUUUAUAAUAAUCUCAGAUCUGCGGACGCAAAUUGCUGCUUAUUUGUACGGUGUUUCCCCGCCAGAUAAUCCCCAGGUUAAGGAGAUCCGUUGUCUUGUUAUACCACCACAAUGCGGAACGCAUCAAAGUGUGACACUCCCACAAGCGCUGCCGCAGCAUGACUACCUGAAAGAUUUGGAAGCCUUAGGCUGGAUGCAUACGCAACCGAAUGAGCUGCCCCAGCUCUCACCUCAGGAUGUCAGUACGCACGCACGAAUGAUGGCUGAUAAUCAAACAUGGGAUUGCGAGAAAACCAUUGUACUGACAUGCUCUUUUACGCCAGGUUCGUGUUCUUUAACCGCAUACAAGCUUACACCGUCUGGCUAUGAGUGGGGCAGGCUGAACACUGACCGCGGCAACAACCCCAAAGGCUAUUUGCCCUCACACUACGAAAGAGUGCAAAUGCUGCUUAGCGAUCGAUUUCUUGGCUUCUUUAUGGUGCCGGCUCAAGGCUCCUGGAACUACAAUUUCAUGGGUGUACGGCACGAUGUAAACAUGAAGUACGAUUUGGCGCUUGCAAAUCCCAAGGAAUUCUAUCACGAGGUCCACCGUCCAUCGCACUUUCUCAACUUUAGUGCCCUUGAGGAAGGAGAGGCCGUAGGUGCCGACAGAGAAGACCUGUUCCAGUGAACAAAGGCAGCAAGAUGCUGAAAUCUUUCAAUAAGUACUGAAAGAAAUUUUGUGAAUUGGCAGAGCAUUGUCUGCGAAAAUGUAUAUACACGUAUAAUUAAAAACAAAUUACGUUGAUGAAAUAUAUUUGGAAAAAUAUUAUGUAUAUUAAUUUCUCUUAACCAAUAAGAUUUAAAGUGGGUGUAAAGAAAAUCCAAUGGUUUUUGACUGAUUAGUUACUAUAUAACUGAAUGUGGUAGAUUUCGAAAAUGAUAUGAUCGUAAUAAAGGGGCUU